UUCAAGUGAAGUACAGGGCAUCAGAAAAGAAAAAAAAAAAAAAAGGAAAACACUAAGCAAUGGCAGCUCAGGUUGCUAUCCUUCUGUGUUGCCUGGUAAUGAUUGGUGGGUUUCUGGGUAGCACCUAUGCCACAACUCCAGGUCAUUACACAAUGCCAUUCAAUAGGAGUAGUUAUCCUUCUGGUUUCAUAUUCGGAGCUGGUUCUGCUGCUUACCAGUCUGAAGGAGCUGCUUAUAUAGAUGGCAAGGGACCCAGUAUUUGGGAUACGUUCACAAGGGAGCAUCCUGAGAAAAUUUGGGAUCAGAGCAAUGGAGAUGUAGCUAUUGACUUUUAUCAUCGUUACAAGGAGGACAUUCAAUUGAUGAAAAGAAUUGGAUUGGACUCCUUUAGAUUCUCCAUCUCGUGGUCUAGAGUACUGCCCAAGGGAAAAGUCAGUGGAGGAGUGAAUCCAAAAGGAGUCAAAUUCUACAAUGAUCUCAUUAAUGAGCUUAUUGCCAAUGGUCUAACACCAUUUGUGACAUUGUUCCAUUGGGAUCUCCCCCAAGCUCUUGAGGAUGAAUAUAAUGGCUUCCUGAGCCCUAAAGUAGUGGAUGAUUAUCGAGAUUAUGCAGACUUUUGCUUCAAAACAUUUGGUGAUCGAGUCAAGCACUGGUGCACAUUGAAUGAGCCUUAUUCAUUUAGUAUCAAUGGAUAUAAUGGAGGUACAUUUGCCCCCGGCCGAUGCUCUAACUAUGUGGGGAACUGCACUGCUGGUGACUCUUCCACAGAGCCCUAUCUUGUGGCUCAUCACUUGCUUCUUUCUCAUGCCAGUGCUGUUAGAUUAUACAAGGCCAAAUAUCAGGCUACUCAGAAAGGACAAAUUGGCGUCACGUUAGUGACUAACUGGUUUAUACCAAAGUCACCAGCAUCAGAAUCUGACAAGAAAGCAACCAUGAGAAUAAUUGAUUUUAUGUUUGGUUGGUUUGCCCAUCCAAUUACAUAUGGAGAUUAUCCUGAAAUAAUGAAAGCUUAUGUGGGAGAUCGGUUGCCGAAAUUUACAAAAGAACAAUCCAAAUUGCUAAAAGGGUCUCUGGAUUACAUGGGAGUAAAUUACUACACCACAAACUUUGCAUCAAACAACCCAGUUACCACUUCCAACCACAGCUGGAGCACUGAUAGCCAAACCACUCUCUCUGUCACGAAAGCUGGAGUUCCUAUUGGUACACCGACACCUUUGAAUUGGCUAUACGUCUAUCCAAGGGGAAUUUACCAUCUCAUGCUUCAUAUAAGGGAUAAUUACAAGAAUCCUCCCAUUUUCGUUACAGAGAAUGGUAAGAAAAGCAGCUUAGUUUAUUUCUUGAUACCGUACCAACUACUUUCCAUAUUAACUAAAAAAAGGUUUGUUUCUUUCCCAGGUCUUGCUGAUGCAAAUAACGCAUCAAUAUCAAUUGAAGAAUCUCGUAAAGAUGCCUUGCGGAUAAGAUACUACCACACUCAUUUGACAAAUCUCCUACAAGCAAUCAAGGAGGGAGCUAAUGUGAAGGGAUAUUUUGCAUGGUCAUUUAUGGAUGAUUUUGAAUGGGAUGCUGGAUUUACCAUUCGAUUUGGCAUGAUUUAUGUUGACUACAAGAACAAGUUGAAGAGAUAUAUGAAAUACUCAGCUUACUGGUUCAAGAUGUUCCUUCUGCACUAAUCAGUAGUUCACCUUGGCCAUCCAUCUCUCUCUCUUCCUUUUUCCUGUGUUUUUCUCCUUUUGUCUCCUUAUUUUUCACUGUGAGAGAGUGAGGAUAGAAAAUGAGAGUUUGUUCUUGAUGUCUGUUUUGUAUGUUCAAAUAAAGGCCAAGUUUUCCUCCAUGUAGUUGGGAUUUAUUUAAUAAUAGAAGUAUGUCUCACCCCCUUCACUUGUUACUUUA